AUGGCGGAUUCUGUUUCUCCGCCGGGUUCUUGGGCUGAACACCACGAGGAUGCCAAAGUAGAGGAGCAUCAAAUUGCAAAGGACGCGAGAAAUAAGGGGGCAGAUGUAUUUGAGUUUGACCCAAACGCAACACCUCAACAGAAAGCAGAGCAAGUGAAAAAGGCCAUUCCUGCAGGACUAAAUUUGCCAUCACUUUCAUCGCUCAAACCAGCUGCACCCAUCGUCACCACAGAUAUUGGGACGAACGGAACGAACGGAACGAACGGUGCCCUCAAAGCAUCAAACGGAGUAAAUGGGGGAAAUGGGUCAGUAGCACCAACCCCUACAUCGGCUGUGGCACCUAAAGACCCGGCAAUGGUGAAUGGAUUCCCCAAAGCUGGCGAUGGGGAAUGGAGUCGCGUUGGAUGGGAGCCUAGAUUUGGCAGUUUAAACGAUGCACUUGGUUUAGACGACGCUGCUCAAAACCACCAAACGUUUGUGGAAGCCAAUUUAGACGACAAAUUCUUCGGAGAUUGGUAUCAUAAUGCGGGCAUCAUAUUGUUCACAUCUCUUGCAACCUGGUUUUUGACUCUAAUUGGCGGUGGUAUUGGUUGGAUUAUGAUUAUCAUGGCAUGUUGUGCAACCUACUACCGAACUUCGAUGAUGCGUGUUCGUCGUAACGUCCGGGACGAUUUAAAUCGCGAAUUCGCAAAACAAAGAUUGGAUACCGAUGUCGAGUCUCUCGAAUGGAUCAACUCAUUUACCGUCAAAUUUUGGCCGAUCUACCAGCCCGUACUCGCCGCGACAAUCGUUAACACGGUUGACCAAGUUUUGGCUGGGGCAACUCCUGGUUUCAUCGAUUCGCUAAAACUGACCACAUUUACCCUUGGAACAAAGCCACCAAGAAUUGAACAUGUAAAAACCUACCCAAAGACGGAUGACGAUACUGUGGAAAUGGACUGGAAGUUCAGUUUUACUCCUAAUGAUACAGCGGACUUGACAAGCCGACAGCUCAAGAACAAGGUGAACCCCAAAAUCGUCCUCGAAGUCCGUGUCGGCAAAGGUAUUGCGAGCAAGGGUAUACCGAUUAUCGUCGAGGAUAUGGCAUUUACCGGACUUAUGAAGUUCAAGGUGAAACUUCAAAUCGCGUUCCCACAUAUCGAGAAAGUUGAUGUCUGCUUCAUAGAUCCUCCAACAUUUGACUAUGCACUGAAGCCUCUUGGUGGUGAAACAUUUGGUAUCGAUAUCGGUUUCUUGCCCGGUUUGAGUGGAUUCAUUCAAGAUCAAAUCCACACUAAUCUCCGCCCUAUGUUCUACGCUCCCAAUGUAUUCACUGUCGAGGUUGCCAAAAUGCUGGGAGGUGCCCCAAUUGAUACUGCUAUUGGCGUGCUUGCUGUUACUAUUCAUCAUGCCCAUGGCCUCAAGAACCCCGAUAAAUUCAGUGGCACCCCCGAUCCAUACGCAGUAUGCUCAAUUAACAACCGCGUCGAAGUCGCCCGCACGAAAAUCAUUAAGGAAAAUACCAACCCCAGGUGGAAUGAAACGAAAUAUAUUAUUAUCACAAAUUUCAACGACCCUUUGACUUUGGGAAUAUUUGACUUCAACGAGAUCAGAAAGGAUAGGGAGUUGGGAACAGCCACAUUUCCUUUGGACGCCCUCACGGAGAGUCCGGAACAGGAAAAUGUCAGCAUUCCUGUGAUGUCAAACGGGAAAGCGAGAGGACAAGUUUCUUGCGAUCUAAGGUUCUUUCCAAUUUUGGAAGGACGAAUUCUGGAGGAUGGUACACAGGAGCCUGUCCCCGAAAGCAACACUGGUAUUCUACGAUGGACCGUUUCCCAAGCGAAGGAGUUGGAUUCUAGCAAAAGUCUUGUCGGACAAUUGUCCCCUUACGCUUGUCAGCUCCUCAACCGCAAACUUAUUCAUAAGACCAAGAUCAUAAAGCGCACAAACGACCCCAUCUGGGAGGAUGCCCACGAAAUGCUCAUUACAGACCGUAAGGGAUCCGACUUGGAAAUUGUAAUCAAAGAUGAUCGUGAUUUGGCCGCGGACCCGGAACUUGGAAGGUAUGCAAUUAAACUCGACGAAAUGCUUGAGAUGACGAAGAAAGGCACCAAUUGGUUUAAUCUCUCUGGAGUCAAAUCUGGUCGUGUCAAGUUGAGUGCUGAAUGGAAGCCUGUGACUAUCAAAGGCGUUGCUGGAACAGGGGGUUAUCAGACUCCCAUUGGUAUUAUGAGACUUCACUUUUUGAAUGGCAGGAAUCUUCGGAACCUGGAGGCUCUCGGCAAAUCUGACGCAUAUGUCCGCGUUCUUCUUUCUGGUGUUGAGAAAGGCAGGACUGUCACUUUUGAAAACGACCUCAAUCCAGAUUGGGACGAGGUUUUGUACGUGCCUGUCCAUUCUACUAGGGAGAAACUGCACCUUGAAGUGAUGGAUCAGGAAAAGAUGGGCAAGGAUCGUUCUCUCGGCUUUGUCGACAUAGAAGCAGGUGACUAUGUUAAGGAGGGGGAUAAUGGCUUGUAUAUGGAGCACAGUGAAAAGGUCAACCAGGAGAGGGCACUCAAGGACGGGAAGGGUUCCGAGAAAGGAAAAUUGAGCUUUACCGUUGCAUUUUAUCCUUGCUUGAAUAUUGCCGAUCCUGAAGAAGAAGAAGAGGACAAGAAAAUUCAGGAAGAGAUCGAUAUGGAGAAAAAGAAAGCCCUGGAAGAGGCGCAAGCGCUCAAAGGAGACAACCCGGACCCAAUUGCUAUCGAAAAUGCGAAAGAAAAGGACUUGAUUGAGGAAAACACAAUCACAGCUACAAGCCCGACAGGAAGCAAUGAGGACAGCAAGGCUAUACCAAAGGUCAGAUUGACGCCUGAAGAGCUAGUCAAAUAUGAUUCCGGGUUAUUAAUCUUCAAAAUCAUCGAGGGACAACUCGCACAUAAAGAUUGUUAUGUUGAAGUACUCAUGGACGACAUGCUGUAUCCCGCGUAUGCAACUACUAAAAUCAAAGCGAAAAACAUCAAGAUCGACGAGAUUGGUGAUGCCUUCGUUAGGGAAUUGGAGUUUUCAAAAGUCACCAUCCGCCUGAGAGAACACGGGAAGGACAUCGAUGACGAGAGUGAUGAUGUUCUCGCUAAGCUACAAGGAAACACUCUUGAGACCCUCAAGCAAUGCUUGAAUAACCCCACUGUCCUUUCUUUGAAGGACAAGAAUGGAGAUAUCAGCAAGAUCAAGAUCAGUCUGAAGUAUAUCCCAGUCCUGAUGAGGCUUGAUCCAAGUGAGAGUAUCAACAACAUGGGCACCGUCCGUGUUGAUAUCCUCGACGCUGCAAACCUCCCAUCUGCCGAUAGAAACGGGAAGAGCGAUCCUUUCUGUGUCUUCGAGCUCGAUGACAAGGAGGUACACAAAACCAAAGUGCAGAAGAAGACUUUACACCCUGCUUGGAACGAGGUAUUUGAAACAAAGGUUGUAUCGCGCACUGCGGCAAACUUUGUUGUGGAGGUCUUUGAUUGGGACCUUGGUAGUAAGGCCGAUUUCCUCUGCAAGGGUCGUAUCGAUCUGACAGAUCUGGAGCCAUUUAUUCCAAAAGUCGUUGUCCUCAAAUUGACAGGUAAAAAGGGAGAAGAAGGGAAAUUUGGUGAAAUCCGCCUUCGUAUUCUUUUCAGAGCGGAUUAUGUCGUCAGAUCGAGACAGGGAUCCUCUACCUUCCAUGGUACAUUUGCCACGCCCGGAAAAAUCGUCACAGGUGUUGCCGGUGCCCCACUCAAGGUUGGUGGGUUUGCUGCGGGGGGUAUCACCAAAGGUGCUUCUUUCCUGAAGAAGAACACAUUUGGCCGUGUCAAGAAAGAUUCAAAUGACGGGGAGGAGGAAGUAGUGAUGAUGGAAGAGCCUGUUGUCAGGCCUUCCACAAACGGCGGUGUUAGCCUUUCUGCGGCGAGUGGUGUUGUUGAAGGAAAAGUAACUCCCCCAAGUACCGCGGGUCAGGAUGAUGGAAGAACACCUAGACGUUCUGCAUUAAGCCCGCCAUCCACCGGGGUUUCUAGUGGGAGCCCCCACAGCCGCAGUAGGAGCGUCUCCAGCACUCUUUCAGCGCCAGGGGCUGCACCAGGCGCGGAGCCCGGAGUUGCAACUGUCAGAAUCGUUAGCGCUACCGGAUUCCCAACCAGUGCAAAUGUUCGCCUACGAUUCAAGACAGCAGGAAAUAACAAGGAACUUCACAAGAGCAAGUCGGUCAAGAAGUCUACAGGCGAGCUUUUCUGGGACGAGGAGUUCAAGUUCCAAUGCACGGCAGAUCAGCAGUUCAAGGUUUGCGCUGAAGAUGACCAUCUCAUCCGUGCUGACGAGGAACUUGGAGAGGGUUUGUUUGUUGUGGACGAUACUGGUAGUGGCGGCGACACUGUCGUGUCUGUAGGACAGGGCAAGGUCACAUUGAGGACGAGCUUCAAGAGUGCCGAUAUGGUGAGCAACGCGUCACCCAAGAACAGUCGGAGGGGUUUAUUGAAGAAGUAA